AUGGCUAUAGUUCCAUUGUUCCGGGCGAUGGCUUUGCGCGUCAUUGGUAGUUAUAUUGCUCUGAAUUUGGACGAGACUUCAGGCGAGGCACAUUGGGUGCCGGCAUCACCGAUGCGGCGUCCCAGGCCAAAGUCCUACGUUCUCGCCACCUCGUCCUCCUUCCCAUUGGCCGACCACGAUAUCGAAAAUAAAGGCGUCUCUUCGUUCCCCUCAGUGGAGUCAAUUGAACGGCGCCCACAUCCAGGCGCGCCCCAUCAACCAGCCACGGAGCGCAUUACGCGUUUCAUACAGCGCUUUUCCCAAAAUGACCCUCAGAAGACGUCAACCACGACCAAAGGGCAUGCCACGUUGAAACGGUCGCGGACGGCGGGCCCUCCUGCCGAGCGGAAUGCUCUCCUCAAACCAACGCCCGUUCAAGCCGCAUCAGUCCAACGGCAAGGCCUGCUACAGCAUCAGGAGCACCCCAUUGGUGUGGCUUCACGGCGGGUUCGCCCUUCUCAAUGGGAGCAACGUUGGGCCGUGCUCGCUGGGAAAAGUCUAUACCUGUGCAAGCAGUUGAGCAGUUAUGUCUGUGACGUUACCAGGGGACAGGUUUAUUCGGUACCCGCCGACUCGGUGGAGAUCGAGCUCUCGUCAGCUAUUAUUGAUAUUGCCUACGAUGCGUUGAAAAGGGAGGGCCAAAAGCAUGUCGUACGCGUGGUCACUCAACAGCAUCGCGAGCAUUUGCUACAAACCCAGAGCGAGGAGGACAUGCUAUCCUGGAUCGCGAUGCUGCAGAAAGCAGCCACACUUUGUAUUUCGGCUUCACCGGAUCCGGCUUCGACUACCACUGUUGCAUCGGAUCAAACACUAGCCUCGCGUUCCUCGUCGCUGGAAGUUGAGUCACAGGGAGGGCAUGUUGCCAGUGGCACCAGCGGCUCGCUCAUUGAUAAUUCCUUUGCGACGCAGCAAUUGAUUAUGCAAAGGUACAAGGCGAAAACCUCGCAAAUCAGUUCCCCGCUGACAAAACGGGUCUCCGACGCGCUCGAGCCAUCAACCGCUGGUCCAAGCUUUCCCGUCGACGGCAAAGCUGCAAGCCAUGAGGUGGGCACAACGCCGAAAAACGCGCGCAAAAAUUGGAGGGGCAAGACAAAGCCGGCCAAAGGCCAAGCAGCCGCCACGGGACCCAAUGGACUGCCGGAGAAAGGCAAGCCAAACUCUGCGCUGGGGCAAAAGUUGAUUGACUGCAAGACGUCGGGACCCGAGGAUGCUGUUCCAAUGCUUGUCCGACAUUGCCUACGAGUCGUCGAGGAAAAUGGCAUGGAAUCCGUGGGUAUCUAUCGUAUUCCGGGCAACACAGCCGCUGUCAAUGCCCUCAAGGACACACUGAAUCAAGGAGAUGAAGCUAUCGAUUGGUCCGAUCCGCGAUGGAAGGACGUGAACGUUGUAUCGUCACUGCUAAAAAUGUUCUUGCGAAAACUGCCGGAGCCUCUGCUCACCGACAAGCUCUACCCGUAUUUCAUCGAUGCCAACCGGAUCACUAACCAUACACAGCGGUUACACAAGAUUCGCAAUCUGCUCCGCAAGCUCCACCCGGUCCAUUAUCACACGUUAAAGCAUCUGAUGGCCCAUCUUCUGCUCAUCACCACAAAGAGUGAUAUCAAUCGGAUGGAGGCCCGGAAUUUGGGUCUUAUGUUCGGGCCCUCAAUCGUGCGCCCUUCGGAUGACAACAUGUCGACGAUGGUUACACAUAUGGGGGACCAAUGCCAAAUCAUCGAGUCCUUUAUUAUAUAUUAUGAUUGGAUCUUCAAUGAUAAAGGCGACUCUGAAGACCCAGUCCCAGCCAUGAUCCACACAGAACCAUUAGUCGCACCCGGCACUCAAGGCCUCGAACUCUGCCCAGCAGGUGUCUCAUCCUCGUCUUUCAACGACAUGCACAAUAUGAUCCGUCGGGUUAACGAGGCCGAGGCAGCCGACAUGAUGCGGGAGAGCCGAACCGGAAAGAUCAUCAACAUCAUCAACCUGAGACGGAAUUCCCAGCGGAAGAAGGACAAAGCCAAGAGUAAACCAGAGAAUACCUCCAGUCAAGCAUCAUUCACGCGGUCUCGCAAGGAAGAGGCAAAUUCUAAUUCGAGCAAGUCUGGCGAGACGUCCUCUGGUUUCCAAGAGCGGAAUAUUGAUGCGGCAAUUGAGUCGAGACAAAAAAUGACACCGGCCACUUCAACCGUUGAUCAUUCACCAUCCCUCGAGUCCUCCCUUGGCUCCCUACCCGAUUCUUCGCGAACAUUACCGGAAGGAGAUUUCUCCGAUCAAGAUCCGGAAGCAGAGCGCAGAAACCGCAAGCGAGUCCAAGAAGAUAUGUCAUCGGCUCGGAGGAUGUUCAUUUUGGGCAAUGUCGAGCCAAGCGAAAAGUUGCCGGAUGCAGCAUUAGACGCUCUCGUCUCCCAUACUCAACAUCUUCAUGUGGCCGAGAGCCCGAAACUCGAGGUGCUAUCUGAAGCGACCCGGGAGAAGAUCCGUAUGUUCCAAUCUGGAAACCAUAUCCCUGCCUCAAACAAGAUGACGGAAAGUAUAUUAAGGUUUAACAAACCGCGCGACGGGCAUCAUUUCAUCGAGAACCAAAAGCAAAGCCCGCUCCGUGAAGAUGCACUUUCGUUCUCCUCUUCCCUCUCCACAAAUUCAUCAAUCCCAUAUUCUAUGCCAAUGACGGUUUCUAUUCAACCCGGGGCGGCCAGCAGUGACUAUGCCAGUAUUUCGCCCAUUUCUCCGUAUAACAAGCAGGAAGUCUCACCGCAACGUCCAAAAGAUUUAUUGGUGAACGCCGAGUCGAAAUGCGAGCAGAAGAUUCGGAUGCGUAAUAAGGGCUCCAAGGAUCCUCGCCGUCGACAUACAUUGACUGAUGUUGAUCUGGUUGCCCAUACCGGUACCAUUGGUCGAUUGGCACGAUGGUUUGGAUUCCGUAAGUCGUCACCAGACGUCCGCGAAUGCCCGGCGGCCCACCGUCGCAUGUUCCCCAACUCGUGUGUGCCUCCAAACGGUGUGACGGAUGAAGAAACUGGUGCCGCUGGCCCUUCCUUACCCUCCAUCGUUCGUACCUCGCCCACCGAGCUGACGCCUGCAAGCGGGGAUGAACAAUUG